UUUUCAGUAAUUUUUCAAAAAGAUUUUUCUCAGUUCGAAGUAGGAACGCGUGAAAAACGCAACGGAACAAUUUUUCCUAUCGUUAUUAUAUUUUUUACAGAAUUUCCAUAGUCUGAAAUUAGUGCAAAAAAGAAAAGAGAAAAAAGAAAAGAAUUUUCAACAUUGAAUGAGGAAGUGCGAUAAGGCAGAGUGUAUCAAAACUUCAUUUGUGAUAUCUAAAUAAUAUGAAAUUGACGACAGUUGACUAAUAAAAAUCGACAAAACGAAGAAAAAAAAGUCCAUCAAACUCAUCUUAAUGUAGUUUGACAAAAUGGAACAAUUUGAGCAGCUACUAACGUGUUGCGUCUGUUUAGACCGAUAUCGAAACCCUAAACUGCUGCCAUGCCAGCAUUCAUUUUGCAUGGAACCGUGCAUGGACGGUUUGACUGACUAUGUGAGACGACAAGUUAAAUGUCCCGAAUGCAGAGCCGAACAUCGAAUACCAUACAAUGGCGUUGCAGGCUUUCCAACUAAUGUCACCUUACAGCGUUUUCUGGAGCUACAUAUUGAAAUCACGGGCGAUCUUCCAGAUCCUACUUCAGGUACCAAACGUCAAGUGAUGGAAAGAUGUAACGUUUGUUCAGAAAAGUCUUACUGCAAUAUUUGCAUGCAUUGUGAGAAGAAAAUCUGUGACGAUUGUAAAAGCGCUCACAUGGAUAUUUUGCGACGUGAAAUAAAUCGUAUAAAUAAUCAAAUUCGUCGUGGCGUUCAUCGACUGCAAGAUAUUCUUGCUGUUGUUGAAAAAAACACAUCAAACUUACAAAAUAACUGUCACAGUGUGUCGGAAGAAAUUGACGAGAUCUUUAGACGUCUUACAAAAGCUGUAAAAGAUCGGACAGAUUAUUUACGACAUGAAAUGGAUAAAUAUUUGACAUCAGAAAUGAAGAACCUUUCACUAUUGAAGGAAAAUCUUGAAUUAGAAAUUGCAAAUAUCACAAGCAAUUGUGAUUUGGCUGACAAGUACAUGAAUGAGUCAGUUCAAUGGGAAGAUUGUGAACUUAUGGAUACAAAAGAAAUUUUCUUAAAAACUGUCGAGUUCAUAAGAAACUUUGAAUGUGAAAGUUCCGAUUACAGUCGUCGCGUAAGAUUCUCAAUGGCAUGUGAUCCGAAUCAAUUGGUGAAUAAUUUGUGUACUUAUGGCGACUUAAACUUCAUUCAUCCACCAACCACAACGCAAAGCACUGGAGGAAUGUUGCAACCAUCAAGCGGUUCAGGUCUCAUGAGAUCAAAAAGUGAUCAUCGUUUAGUGACACAAUUCCGUCAACAACAAGAACAAUUAAAUCUUGACGAUGAACCGCUUCUAGGUGGUAGAAAGUUUGGUGAACGUCCAGUGAAAGUUGAGAAACAAACUGAUCGUUAUGGUGGAUAUGACUACGGUGAAGAUCAACACUUUGACUCAUCGCAACGUCCUAGCAAGAAUCGAUUUCGUUCACGCUUUGUGCGUGGGCAUCACGAAGAAGAAGAUGACGACACUGAAUCUAGCGCGUUAAAAAAAGCAGACAAAGAAAAUAAUAAAAAUAAAAUAACAAGUACUGAAGAAGCUGCGAAAGGCCCAUUAAGUGGAAUCUUUAGAAUCUUAGAUUCGCCUCGUGCGAUGAAAAGAAUUCAAGAACAGGAGAAGGGACCACGUGAGAAGAAAGUAGAACCAAAACCAGCAGCUCCUGCAGCAGCGCAACCAGCACAAGUGAAGACAACUGCUGUUCAGCCUGUGAGACGUCCACCAGCUGCCGGUCGUCAAGUUUCAGAAGACGAUGAAAUUGCAAAAAUUAAGCGUGAAAAUAAAACACCUGGAACAUCACAAGCACCAGCUAUCGCUGAGAUAGAGCGCCCGGCACCAAUUCUCAAGAAGCCAUCAGUUGAAGAAAGUAGCGAAACACAGACGCGAGCGACUACCACAACUUCACCAGCUGCUCGCACAAGCAGCGAAAGUUCAUCAGAAAGUUCAAGUGAAUCUUCAAAACCAGCUGAAGUUGCACCAAUUCGUUCACGAGUAACAACGCCAACAUCAUCGACAAUGUCUUCACCACCAGCUCCAGUUGAAGCGGUCGAGAAGAAGCCAUUUCAGAGUCGAUUUCUCCAAUCAAGUCAACCAGCAGCAACAGCAGCAGCACCAGCCGCCAAAAAAGAAGAAUCAGAAUCCUCCGAAGAAGAGUCGAGCUCAGAGGAAGAAUCAGAAACAGAAGAAGAAACGAAAGUGAAACCAUCAGCAUCAACAUCAACGAGACCUUCAAUCGUUUCAAAGCCAGCAGAAACAGCUUCAGUGGCAUCAACACGUGCUGGAAUUUUACGUGACACAGCAACGGCUGAUACACGUCGAAGUUCACGUGAUGAAACAACAUCGCCAACAACAAGAUCACGCUAUGAAGCACCUUCAAGUACUUACUCACGAAAUUCUGAUAAGGAAAAUGAAAAUUCAAGAUAUGGAACGAGAAGUCGACCAACAGCUUCAACUUAUGAGCCAGAAGAAUCAAGCUACACUAGUCGCUUUUUGAAUAAAAGCAAGAGUACAGCGGCUGCGCCUCAAGAUGAUGACGAAGAUUCCGACAGUCGUUAUGGCACAGGUCGUAGUCGUUAUAUGGCGCUGAAAGAGCGUCGUAAUCGAUUAGCACGAAGUCGAUCGUCGCAUAAUUUUGGUGGCGAUGAUGAUGAUGUCGAUGAGCCGCUCUCACCAACAACUACAUCACCAUCAGCAUACUUGGCUUCUAGAUAUGGAACGUCAUCAAUGUCUGGAGCUAGUGAGCUUGCACGUAGUCGUUCUACACAUGCAAUGAAAUCACGAGAACCUUCACCAGAUCGUGGAUCAGAUGGUGAUAAAGAAGCUUUAAGCUCAUGGGCAAGAUAUUUGAAGAAUAAAUAUGGAAGUCGCGGUAAUAAAGAUAAUCCGAGAGAUGGAAUUGGAGCGAGCAGUAGCACUCCAAGCUCAUCCUACAGCAGCUCAACAGCUGCAGCUUCAUCCCCAUCAUCUACUUCAUCUUCCACAUCCGCAACAAGACGAUUAAGUCUAGGCUUGCCAUUACGUCAAGCAAAUGAAAUGCAUAGCUCUGAUGAUGAUUCAAAAAACUUGCAAAGCUCCCUCGCCUCUCCUACUCAAGCGCACCAAGCGGUCGUCGGUAUGGACGAUACCAAUACUAAAAUUAGUACCCCGCGAACGCAAUAUCUCCAAAAGAGAAGGCAAAUUCUGCAGAUAGGUGGCAGAGGGAGCGAAUCUGGAAAGUUUACUUGGCCACGUGGCAUCUCCGUUGGCCCUGACAAUCUAAUCGUUGUUGCUGAUUCAUCAAAUCAUCGCGUGCAAGUGUUUGAUAUGAAUGGAAAUUAUUUGAAAGAAUUUGGCACAUAUGGUAAUGGUGAUGGCGAGUUUGAUUGUUUAGCUGGUGUUGCAAUCAAUAGAAUCGGGCAAUUCAUCAUUGCUGAUCGUUACAAUCAUCGAAUUCAAGUUUUUGAUCCAGCAGGAAGAUUUUUAAGAACUUUUGGAAGUCAAGGAGCAUCUGACGGAAAGUUCAAUUACCCAUGGGGAAUUACAACUGACUCAAUGGGCUUUAUUUAUGUAUGCGAUAAGGAAAAUCAUAGAAUUCAAGUGUUUCAAUCUGAUGGAACUUUUGUAGGAAAAUUUGGAACAAGUGGGAGUGGCGAGGGUCAACUUGAACAUCCUCACUACAUCGCUGUUUCAAAUACAAAUCGGGUCAUUGUCUCAGAUUCAAACAAUCAUCGAAUUCAGAUUUUUGAUGUAAACGGAAAAGUUUUGUCUUGUUUCGGCUGCGAAGGUUCGGAAGAAGGUCAAUUUAAAUUUCCGAGAGGGGUUGCUGUUGAUGAAUUCGGAUACAUUUGUGUUGCUGAUUCAGGAAAUAAUCGCAUUCAAAUCUUUCACCCUGAUGGAAGUUUCUUGCGAGCUUUUGGCUCAUGGGGAUCAGGUGAUGCUGAGUUUAAAGGACUUGAAGGUGUCGCAAUUAUGUCAAAUGGCAACAUUUUAGUGUGUGAUCGUGAAAAUCACCGCGUACAAGUUUUCUAGUGGCAAUUUGACGCUUUAGCGCUACUAACAAUCAGUUCCAGCUUGCUUCAAUGAGUCGUGGAAAAUUUUAAAAGAAACAUUUUCAUCUUGCUAAUAGAUUCAAGAUUUAAAGUUGUUUCGAACUGUUACUGUUUUUUUUUUUUAAAUUGUUUAAAAGCUUUUGAGUCAAAUAAGACUUUGUAGUAAUUUAUAACAAGAAUAAUUAAAGUUUGCAUAGUUGAGAAAAAGAAACAUUUGGAAAA